UAAAAGAAAUUUGACCCAGGGAUAAGGCCUUUACAGAGGAAGAAAGUCAAAAACAUCAGUAUUUCCCCUCCUCAAAUUUCUUGAUCAAAUGUCGAAAACCCAAAAAUUAUAAAUUCCCUAUGUGGGCAUUUUGAAUCCACUCAUAUUCUUAGUAUAUUUAUAUUAGGCCACAUCUCUCCUUAAGCUUAAAGCUUUUAACUUGAGGACAUAAACACUUGCAUCUUGUUUAUAUACUUGCAUACACUUGGUGGGUGUGUUUGUAUGUAUCUGUUGUCUGAUUUUCUUGAUCAAAGAGAGCUUUUUUGGGCUUUUUAAAAACUGGGUUUUGCUCAAGAUGUUGUCAAUGACAAGCCAUAAUCUGGAGUUUGGAAGAAGUGGUUUAGAUUUUGUGGCUUGUGGCUGUUCUUCAAAUGCUUCAUAUUUGGUGAGGAAUUCUUCAAAGGGUGUGCUUAGGAGGGUUAAAUAUGAGUUUGGAGCUAGAAAAUGGCUGUGUUUCAGGAGGGACUUUGGUAGCUGUAGAGUUGUUUCUACCAAAACCCCUGAGGCUUUUGUGAAUGUUCCUGCACCAGUAAUUGAGCUUAAAACAGAAUCAAGAAACUCGAAGUCAGUUUCAGUGAAGAAUUUGUUUGAAAUUGUUGCUGAUGACUUGUUGGUAUUGAACAACAAUUUACAGUCGAUUGUUGGUGCAGAAAAUCCAGUGUUGAUGUCAGCAGCUGAACAGAUCUUUAGUGCUGGUGGAAAGAGGAUGAGACCAGCUCUGGUGUUCCUAGUGUCAAGAGCCACGGCAGAAUUUGUAGGCUUGAAGGAACUUACCAAAGAGCAUAGACGCUUAGCAGAGAUCAUUGAAAUGAUCCAUACGGCAAGCUUAAUACAUGACGAUGUACUUGACGAAAGUGAUAUGCGGAGAGGACAAGAAACCGUUCAUCAACUUUAUGGUACCCGAGUUGCUGUAUUGGCAGGGGAUUUCAUGUUUGCACAGUCAUCAUGGUACCUGGCUAAUCUUGAAAACCUUGAAGUCAUCAAACUCAUCAGCCAAGUUAUUAAAGAUUUUGCUAGUGGUGAAAUAAAGCAGGCGUCCAGCUUGUUUGACUGUGAUGUUGAACUUGAUGAGUAUUUGAUCAAGAGCUACUAUAAAACAGCUUCUUUAAUUGCUGCUAGCACAAAAGGAGCUGCCAUUUUUAGUGGGGUUGAUAGUGAUGUUUGUGAGCAUAUGUAUCAAUAUGGCAAGAACCUCGGUUUAUCCUUCCAGGUUGUUGAUGACAUAUUAGAUUUUACACAGUCAGCAGAGCAAUUGGGGAAGCCAGCAGGGAGUGAUUUGUCAAAAGGAAACCUGACCGCCCCGGUGAUUUUUGCACUUGAAAAAGUUCCAAGACUAAGGGAUAUUAUAGAAUCAGAAUUUUGUGAGACUGGUUCACUGGAUGAGGCUAUAGAGCUAGUCAAGAGCUGCGGAGGAAUUGAGAGAGCUCAGAAUCUUGCAAAAGAGAAAGCUGACCUAGCUAUCAAAAGUCUGCAAUGCCUUCCUCAGAGUGCCUUUCGACUAGCACUUGAGGGAAUGGUGAAGUAUAAUCUCGAGAGAAUUGACUAGACAACAGAUUUUUUGAGCAAAACAGCGUGCUUAGACAAAUCUAGCUAUUCUCCGCUAUGAUUAACUAAGCAAGAAGAGCCGGGCUCAAGUUAAACCCUCAGUGGCCACAAUAAGUUGUCACUCAUAUCAGGAUGACAAUGUAAAAGCCGGGAUUUGUAUUGAUCUUGAUAUGUAAGGAGCUAGGCCUGUAGCAACUCCCCAAUAUUUGUGUAUAAGCUUACAUUCACACUAUAGAUUCACUAUACUUGAUUAUAUAUUCAAUUAUUAUUGCACACAA